UAUCUUCUCCUUAGAUGACUCUCAGAGAAGGUCGUCAUCAGUGGUUUUGUUGUCUAAGUGAUUUGACUAAACUGAAAUGUGAAUGUCAAAAUAAAAUGUGUUUCUCAUAAAGCUGAUAGAUUGAAUUUCAUGGUUGUCAAAUGAAGUCUGGAGUGAUACUAUUUUUCCUAGAAGAACCUGGUUGUAGGUUUUGUUUUCAUAUAAAACCGAAGCAAGUGAUCGUGUUGCCUGCUCAGAGCAAAUGUAUGUUUUGCCAAGAGAUUGCUGGAAAUUCAAACAGGAAGCAACCCUACAGGUGGUGAGGAGGCCAAGGCUCUACUGGCAAUUCCCAUAAAGACUCCUUACUCAGUCUGAGUGACCUCAGAGACAUACCAGAGGUUGUGGUGGGGGGUGUCUGACUGUUAGCAUCAGUUCCCUUGCCUGUUAGGUGUUCUCCCUAAAAUCCAACCCCCACUCCCGUCUGGAAAUGGAUACUGUGGGCGUAUUUAUAGCUGCAGACCACAAGCGAGCUCUUUCUUAAACACGUCGAAGGAGCUGGUCGCAUUCGUCAGAGACGGACUGAGCUUCACUGUUGUGUUCUCUUGACUGUUUUACUUUUUCACUUGUGUAACCAGCCUAAAGGGGCUUAUCAGAUGAAAUCCUCAUUCUGAACUCGACCACCAGUGAGACACAGUGAGAGGAAAGAUGGAGAAACCAGUUCUCCAGACGCAGCCGUCCACCUUACCUUUUUUUGACUCUUCGCAUGCCUUCAACCUCCUGAGAGGAAUUCAUGAGCUACGAGCUGAGCGGAAGUUUUUCGAUGUGACUUUAUGUGCCGAGGGGCGGGAGUUCCACUGCCACCGCACGGUGUUGGCUGCUGCCAGCACCUACUUCCGUGCCAUGUUCACCGGGACGUUGAGGGAGAGCGUAAUGGACAGAGUGGUUCUACAUGAGGUGUCAGCCGAGCUUCUAGGCUUACUGGUGGACUUCUGCUACACGGGUCGGGUCACGGUCACUCAGGACAACGUGGAUCUCCUGCUGAAGACGGCUGAUUUGUUCCAGUUCCCCUCGGUCAAAGAGGCCUGCUGUGCGUUUCUGGAGCAGCGUCUAGAUGUCUCCAACUGCUUAGAGAUACAAGACUUUGCAGAGGCUUACGCUUGCAGGGAGUUGGCGACUAGCGCGCGCCGCUUCGUCCUCAAAAACAUAAUGGAGUUGGCGAAAGGGACAGACUUUGAGCGGUUGCCAUGGAAGCGUCUACUAGAGUUCGUGUCCGACGACGAGCUUUGCGUGGAUAAGGAGGAGACGGUCUACCAAAUUGCAGUGCGGUGGGUAAAGGCUGAUCUGCAGCGACGGCUGCAUUACUGGCCCGAACUUCUCCAGCAGGUCCGCCUCCCGUUCGUCAGGCGGUUCUUCCUCCUGGCCCACGUGGAGAGUGACCCGCUUGUCUACCUGUCACCCACCUGCCUCCGCAUGGUGAACGAAGCCCGCAGCUUCCAGUCCUGUGAAUACGACCGCCACGACAGGCUGUGCCAUCGCAUGCGACCUCGGCCCUCUACGGGAUUGGCGGAAAUCCUGGUGGUGGUCGGAGGCUGUGACCAGGACUGCGACGAACUGGUCACUGUGGACUGUUACAACCCUCAGACCGGACAGUGGCGCUACCUUGCCGAAUUCCCCGACCACCUUGGAGGAGGUUACAGCAUAGCAGCCCUCGGAAAUGAUAUGUAUGUCACAGGAGGUUCUGACGGCUCCCGCUUGUACGACGGCGUGUGGCGCUACAAGUCCAGUGUAAACGAGUGGACGGAGGUGUCUCCCAUGCUGAAGGCCCGCGAGUACCACAGCUCGUGCGUGCUGAAAGGCCAGCUGUACGUGGUGGCGUCGGACAGCACCGAGCGCUACGACCAGGCUCUGGACUGCUGGGAGGCCUUGCCAGGCAUGUUGCACCCCAUGGACAACUGCUCCACGACGGCGUGCAACGGCCGCCUGUACGCUAUAGGCUCUCUGACCGGCGAGGACACCAUGGCCGUCCAGAGCUACGACGCCGACACCAACCGCUGGACCAUGGUCAACUGUGGACAGCUGCCUCCCUGGUCCUUCACUCCCAAAACAGUGACCCUCAAUUGCCUCAUUUACUUUGUUAGGGAUGACUCGGCGGAGGUUGAUGUUUACAAUCCACAAAAGAACGAGUGGGAUAAAAUUAACCCCAUGAACCAGGUCCACGUCGGAGGCAGCGUGGCAGUCCUGGGCGGUAAGCUGUUCGUAUCCGGCGGUUACGACAACACGUUCGAGCUGUCGGACGUCGUGGAGGCGUACGACCCGACGAACCGCGCCUGGACGGCGGCCGGACGGCUCCCCCAGCGGACCUUCUGGCACGGCAGCGUCAGCAUCUUCCGCCAGUUCAUGCCGCUGGUGGCCAGCUCGUUUGAACCCACCGACACACCCGAGUCCAACACCAUACACCUCCACCGGCACCAGCGCCACCAAGCGCUCCACAACCUCAACAACAAUCUGAACCAGAACCAGGAUGUAAACCCAGCACAUUGAUGCGGUCAUACAUGCUCGCUGUGUUCUCUCUUUGCAAAAAUACUAAAUCUUACAAAGUAUUUUGAGUUUAGUUUCUAGUGCAAAUAUCUUAUUACACUUGAAGUAAAACACAACUUACAAGUAAUCUUUCAGCAAGAUAUGACUUAAUAAUUUCUUAAUAUUGAUGAUAGCAAUAAUCUGCUUGUGGAACUAGUAUGUUUUCAUCCAUAUUAAAGAAUUGUUGACUUAGCUCUUAUUCAAAUUAGAAUAUACUUUAAUAAUCCCAAAGGGAAAUAAAUGUUGUAACUUGUAUAAAUUCAAAAUUCUUCAUAACAUGCUGAAAAGUUACUUCCAAGUUAUUUUAGUCUAAUUUUAAGUAUACUAAGGUAUUUGCACUGAAAACGAUAAAAAAAGAUGUUUCGUAAGAUUUUGCUUUUGCAGAGUUCAGUUUACCUCAUUGCUGCAAGGAUUGGUGGGAAAUCUCGAUUGGGAAUGAUGUAAUUGUUCGGUAUUGAUUAGACAUGAUACAUUGCUGCUCAAUAUCUAUGAUAUGGGUUAUAGAUUUAUUUGCUUUAAAGUAGAUUUUGAACCCUGCUACAUCUUGGCUCUGAGAGAAUGAAGGGACAUGAACUGCAACAGCAGAAGGAUGGCGGUGAAAACAGUUAAAAGCACUUUAACUUUUAACAAUCAUAUUAUAUUCACAAUAAGCUCCAAAUAAUUUUGAACGUUUUUGUUGUGAAAGUGCUGAAAUAAUCUGUGUUAUUUAGACCAUGGUGUGUGUGCCAUCACACUCUAAGGUACCAGGAGUUUUUUUUUUUCUUUGUUUGGCUCUAAUGCAUGAGCGAAGACUACAUAUAGUUUAAACACAUAAUCCAUAUUAUUUUCCUUACAUGUUUUUUUAUUUACAUAUGGUCGUCACAGUGUGCAUCUGCUAGGGAAAUGGGUCAAGAUUUACAGCAUUAGCAUCAUUUGAUGUGCAGAAAAGAUUUGAAAUGAUUGGGUAACAUCCAACCUAGAUGUAGUUUUACCCAUUGUUGUUCAAAACUACUUAAUGCAUGGGUUUCUGGUGAUUUUCAGCCCUCUUGUGGACUUUCCUGGUCACUACAUGGGGUUAGAGACAGAAUUAGUUUGUGCUAAUUUUUUUUAUUUUUACUCUUUUCUGUGUAGUGAUAGGCAACUUUGAGUUUUAGAUAAGAUAGCUGUUUGUAUGCCUUGAUGAAAGGGUGAAACACUAGUAAAGAUGCACAGAUUAGACUUUUUUUUUCUUUUUUACUUUGACCUGCAGAUACGUUUUCACUGCAGUUCCCAAGUAUUCAAGAUCACAACUGCAUAGAAUCACAAAAGCAAUGACCUACAUGAAGACAUUUGGUGUUUCUUUAACUGAUGGUGAUGUCUACAGUUUGAAACAGAAGUUUGGGCAAAUGUGAUUAUAGCAACAAGACGUAGAAGUAAGGAAAAUGUCAGUUCUCAAAUAUUGCAAGUUGUUUCCUGUUAAGUCUGAUUGUAGUUUUUACCUCAACAGAAAAUGAAGGACUUGCAGGAAUUUCUUCAUUGAUCCAUCUCUAAACAUUAAUCAGAUUUUAUUACAAUCCAAAGGUACUGAAAGAAGUUGGACCUUUCAAUUUUGAUGCAUAAGAAAAACUUUUUUUUUUCCAGAGAAAUUUCAAGUUAAAAUGUGCUAAUUUUGAUCUGUGACUAACUGAUUGAAGGAUCACGAUGCAUAAGUCCAGCCUGUCCUGGACAUCUCAUGGUCCAAAGCAUCCAUGUGCAUUUUAGGAUUCUUUGGUUUCUUUUACAUUCAGAUGCAUUUCCGUUUACAGUUCAAAAGCUUUAACUCAUGUUGUUAAAAAGGUCUGGGGACUUUGAGGGUGGGGGUAUAUUGUGGUUGACGCAGGAUUUUGAGAAGAUUUGCUGCUGAUUCAGUUUGUUUUAAAUGCAGUUCUAAAUUAGCAGCAUUUUUCUACAUGGAAGUUAAAAUUAGAUCAGAAAUUUGCUGUUAAAUGUUUACAUUCCCUAACUGCUCUUAAGUUUCACAACAGACUUGCAUUUCUUCUGUUUAGUGUGAGAAAUGAAGAUUUGAGUAAUGGUCUGAAGGACUCCAGCUUGCAGUGUUGACUUUUUAUUUAGUUGAUCUGAACAUCAACUAAAUGAUGUUUAGUCAUUUAGUUGAUCUUCAUCAACUUGGUUGUACAUCAAUCUUUGAAUGCUCCAGUUGAAUUGUGCAUGAAAAACUUUCCUUAACCAAAUAUAUAACGCUUGUAAUGCGUUUCCAGCAACGUUGACUGGAAGUACAAAAGAAUCUCAGUUUGAAAAAAUGUUUUUGCUUUAAAGUAUGCAGUUUUUGAAGAGUUUUUGUGUUGUAAAAGUUCUCAUAUAGUUUUGUGAAGUUGAACCAGUGUUGUAAAUACAGCAUAUUUUAAAGAUA